AUGACCCACCCAUUCGGAAAUAAUCUCUUUAAUACCACGACAACAAUACCAACGCGUAGAGCUUCAGAUGUACAACAGGUGCCACGCCCUUUUUCAACGCCUCAAGCGCCAACGUCACCAAUAUCAGGAAAAAAUAAUUCUAAAGCUAUAUUUUUUUUAUUUAAAAAGAAGGACACAUUACAUAAUAAUAGUGAUAAUAAUGGACAAAGUUUCAUUUCUGGACCAUCGACUCCAGAUUCUUCAGUAUCACCGUCGCUACCUUCUUCUCCAGUACAACUACUACCACCGCAGCUACCGCAACUACCUACUCCAAGGACACUUGAAGAGGAAUUUACAACCUCAAUAACUACAAAAGUGGAAGAAGCAGAUAAUCAACAUUUCAAAGAGAAACGUAGUCCUGUUUCGAAAACUAAACUCGGAAGCAUUAGUGUUCCAAAUCUUUUAUCUUUGAAUGAAUUAGAUUUGAGUGCAGAAUAUGAAAUGUUAAUGAAGCAAAAAUUACAACAACACAAAUAUAGUGGUCCAGGUCAAAGAAAAACUAGUGUAAUGUUUGAAGAACAGGAAAAAGGUUUUAAGACUACAAUGAAAAAAACGAUGAGAAAAACGUCGACAUUUUUCAGAAAACUUGGUGGAAAUAAGCCACAUUCCGAUCAAAAUGGUCGACACUCUAUUCCAAAUUUCCACGACACAGAAUCGAAUGAAAAGAGCGACAUACCCAGAUUAACGCUUAAUAAUAGUAGCGGGAUUAGUGGUCAUGAUUACUACGAUGAGGAUAGAAUGAGAUCAUAUUCUGAUAAUGAAGAUUUGGAUUAUGAGACAAGUGGAGAUGAUGGAGAAAUUGAUGAAAAUGAUAUACUACAGGAAACAUUUAAAGACUUUGCCAUAUUUAAGACAUUUGAGUUUGAUGCUGCUCGUCGACGUAAUGCAUUUUAUCGUAAUUCAUUAUUGGGCGCAAACAAGAGUGUACCCGAAAAUCUUGGGCGAGAUUAUGCCUUUUUCGACAAUAAUUUAAAUACGGACAAUGACUCAAAAUUGUUAACGAAUUUUCUGGAACCAGAUGAUAAUCGAGCAAUUAGAGGAAAAACUUUUAGCUUACCUCCUAUGGUGAAUAUUAGUAGUGAUAUAAUAAUGAAAAUAGACAAAUUGAAUGAUAAUCCCAAUACGAGUGGUCUUAGUAGUCUCGGAACGAAAUCAAUAAAACCACUCCCGCCAAUAAAAGUGCAGGAAAAUUCUUCAACCGAAACAACCAAAGAAGUAUAUACAGGAGGAGGGGGACAACCAACAUCCUCGUUAAGAAAUUCUUCUGAAAGAGAAUCGAUAUUCGUUAAGAGUGGAUUUCAGAGACAAGAUGCUAACGACACAGGUACGGAAUUAGUAGUAGGUCCCAGUCCUACAAUACCUAAGAGACCAAAUAAAAAAUUGCCAGAUUUACCAAAAACCAAGCAAAUCGUUAAUCAGCCAUCGGCGUAUUGUUCACCACAUACGCGACAAGCCUCCAGCAUCGCUAGCUCUUCUUAUGAAACAGCUAGCGGAUCUACAGGAACAUUGCAUACUGCUCCCCCUUCCCCGAUUGCAAGUGAAGAUUUUGCCGAUAAUAACCAAAUUACCCGCUGUAUAAGUAACACUAUCUCUUCAGAUUCAACUUUUGCUACCACUUCUCCUUGUCCUCCUCAUGUUCAGCAAUUACCAUCAUCGUCUCCUCUACCUGAAGUGCUUGAGAAAAAUGAGGAUGAAGUAGCAUGGGCUGAUGCAAGGAUUGCGGCGCAAAGAUGUUAUGAAGAAGAUCAAACAUUCAAGUUAAAAGAACAAAUUGCCGAAUUUUUAGGCGGAAAUAAAAUCGCAAAUGUUCGAACAUUAAAGUGCUAUAUGGAGUACUAUAAUUUUCACGAUAAACGAAUUGAUGUUGCAUUUCGACAACUUUGUGCUCGAUUAUACAUAAAGGGUGAAGCACAGCAGGUGGAUCGAAUUUUGGAAGCAUUUUCCCGCAGGUAUUGGGAAUGCAACCAAUUUCAUCCUAAAUAUUCCUCAUUAGCAAAUGUCGUUCACGCUAUUUCAUAUGCACUUCUUUUACUUAACACUGACCUUCAUAUUGCCCAAGGCAUCACUCGGAUGUCUCGCUCACAAUUCGUCAAAAAUACAAUGCAUACAGUUCAUUCACAAAUAUCACUUAUACCCCCAUCCACACCAAUCACACCAAUUAGCAAUAAUUCUAGUGCUAUCGAAUGUGACGAUGAUUCAAUGUCAAUAGAAACUAACACGACAGUAGUUCGACCCCCACGACGUAGUGAUAGUCUCAAAAGCUGGACAAGCAAUCCAGGUGGCGGACUGUCGGCUGUUUCUUUCAUGAAUGCUUUUAAUAAUUCAGGCUUUAGCAGUCCUCCUAUUUAUUCACGACAAUGGGACGCAGAAUUGGAGAAUCUAUUAAAAGCUGUUUAUAAUUCAAUCAAAGCCAAUCAAAUAUUACAGCCUUUAUUGUCAUCAAUAGAAAAGGGAACUUCCUCAGAAACUACAUCACCUUCGCCAACUAUUCGACUUAAAAGAAGUGAAAGUCAUUUAGGUCAUCCUCAUAGAUUAAACGUCAGUUUAAGAGAAAAUCUAAAACGGCGCUCAAUGAAAACAGAGAGAAAUUCACCCAGUCCUAGUUUAGGGAGUGGUGGGAGUGACAUAAGUCUCGGGACUACCGUGAACCAUCGAAGCAGCACUGUAACUCUAGGAUCCAAUAAUACAUUACAUCAGCAGUCAUUUGAAAAUAUAUCGACCAUUUCCGAGAAAAACAAAGAGCGAGAUGAUAGUGAUAAUAUUUCACUUGAUUCAAAUUCAACAACUGAAUCUUUACAAUUAUACUUGUCUGGUGCUCCAUAUGCCAAGGAAGGAAAUCUCGUUAGAAAACAUUAUUUGGAAUCAACGAAUAAACGAGCAAAGGAUAAAACUUGGAAAGAAUGCUUUGUAGUGGUUGAGAAUGGCGAGAUUAAAAUGUUCAAGUUUGAUAAUCAUCAUAAUAGUAAUAAUGUAGGUGGAGAUGGCACUGUCGGUGGCGGAAAUUGGAUGGCCAAUGCAACUCUUUUGGGUGAAGUUAAUUUACGACAUUCAAUAACCAAUUCACUUCCUCCACCCGGAUAUAACAGAGAUCGACCUUUCGUAUUUGCUCUAUCAUUACCAAAUGGUGGUCUAUAUCUAUUCCAAGCUGGUACCCCAGAACAUGUGGCGGAAUGGGUAGCAACUUGUAAUUACUGGGCCGCGAUGAUGAGCAAAGAACCAUUGUCGGGUGGUGUUAGCAAUAUGGAAUAUGGAUGGAAUAGAUGCAUAGAUUCAUCAACUUCUUCAUUCGACAUUGUCGAAGAUUGGGAAGAUCAUCGUAGUGUAUUGAGUGCCGGUUCAUAUGUAACACAUAAUGAUCGAGUAAAUAUUAAUGAAUGGAAAGCACCGAUGCCUACAAUGGUAUCUAGUGGAUUUAAAGAGGAUAAGCAACUGGCUGCACUCAAAAAAUACAUAACGGAUUUGGAAAAUGAGCUAGAGGCACACAAAACUUAUCGAGAACCCAUGACUAGACUGUAUCAUCCACGAUCUUCAAACUACACUAAAGCCUUUGCUAAUUGGGAAAAGAAAUCUCAAUGGUUACUUUAUGAAAUAGUUAAAUAUACAACUUAUAUUGAAUCGCUCGAGAAUUCUGUCAUUAUUCGUGCUCGAAAGCGUAAAGAAAGAGAAAAAACAAAGAAUGCCGAUUUACAUAAUAAAGAAGAAAGUGCUCCAUCUUCACCAUUACCCACAAUCACAACCACGAUCACCGAAGAAGAUCAAAAAAUAGAAAAAAAGCGUGCUGAAUUUCGACAAUCAAUUCGAUUACUGCGGCAUCGUGCCACAUGGACACCAGGUGAUGAAGGUUUCUCCUUAAAUUUACCCAAAGAACUUUUAUAUGAAGAAGCAGACGAUGAAGAGGAUGACGCUGAUGGCGAAGAAGUUGUAACAAACUCUGAAACAUCAUCAAGAAUUCAUCACGCUGGAUCAUCUGGGAAACUUCGUUCAGCUACUUAUCCACAAUUUUUCAAAGAUCUCACGAUACAAGAGGAUCAGAAAUUGGAGAAUUUUUUGCAUGAAGAUGGUGUUAGUAAUGAUAAUGUUAAUAAUAAUGAUAAUCAGGCCGAUUUUGCUCACUACGAGUCAGGUCAAAGAUGGGUAGAUCGUUUUCGAAACUAG